AUGAUGCAACCCCCCAGCCCAGCUUUCAACGCAGGAGAAGCGGCGCCAGGUACUCACGGGGCGUCUGGCCCGCCGCCUCGCAACGUGCCUGCGAACUCGCGCGACCUGGACUGGGACUCCCUGGGAGGAAUGAGGCGCGUGACAGGUGCGCCUGCGGGCAACGCGUAUGGGAUGUCUCCUGCGCCUUUGAGCCCUCCCGGCGCGGGUCAGCAGCAAGAUUGGCGUGCCGGCGGAGAGGAGGCUUCUCGCUCGCCCUCGGGGGCGCUGCCGCCUCCGAUUAUGUAUCACCAUCACGUUCCCGCUGCACACGGGCCCAACGGGACUUACCGUCACUCGGCGGGGAACCCAAACAUGUACGCGGGCUCGCCUCCGCCACCGCCUGCGUACGGCAACGCGUAUUACCCUCCGGGGACCCCCGGCGGGUCUGGAGACCCCGUUUGCGGGCCGGGACUUGUGGGCAGCGGGCCGGGAGCCCCGAACCACAUGUAUCCGGGCUACCCCGCGAACGCGCAUCCUGGCCUGAAGAACGCGUCAGGCUCUCCGCAGUCUGGAGGCAAGUACUACUACGGGGGCAGCGGGGGUUCUGGGUACUACGGGGGCGGGCCUAACGCGGGCGGCGCGGGUCUCGUGGGUCACGCACCCCUGGGGGUCCCGGGCAGCCCCUCGCUGCAGCCGGGAUCAGGAGGCGGUGGGGAGCGAGGCGGGAAGAACGGGGCGCGUCGCGGCGAAGGGCGACACAUGAAUCGGGGGGGCGGCCGCGGAGGCAACGAUGGACACGUGAACUCCGGCAUGGUGCCUCCGCCGGUCGAUGGCGCGGGCGGCAACGGCGUGGCGGCGAACGCGCGGACUCCCACGCCUGGCGGCAAGUACGAGGGCGGGUACCGCGGCAACGGGGGUCAGGGUCGCCAGCAAGCCUUCAACUGUGGCGCGCAAGGCUCAGGGGCGCACUCAGGCAGCCGCAGAGGCGCGGGUCACCACCCGCGCUCUGGCGAUGAGGGCAGCCACGCGCACGGAGGCCGGGCGCAGUACGAGGAGGAGGGGCGUUCCGCGGCGUCUUCGCCGCAGCUGUCUGCGGUCUGUCCGGGCGGCGGCAACCCGCGGGGAUUGGUGCCUGAGCGCAGCGCGGCACAGCACGGCGCAGAGGGAGGGGGGUCGAUGCUGGGCGGCGCCGGCGCGGGCGGUGAAGAGCAGAGUGCCCGUCAGCGGCGCGCGGCGGAACCACCCAGUGUCGUGAGCGAGCAGGGGGCGAAGGAGGACCGCGACGACGGCUGGGGCGACGACGACGGCUUCGGUGGCGGGGUCUCCAUGGUAGACAUCAACGAGAUCCGCAGCAAGCACGCGAUGCUGGCCAAGACGCGUGCGACAGGUCGGCUCGGAAGUUCCCAACGGCACUGGCGGCGCCGCGACUCUUUCGGGCGUCACCUCCGCGCCCAAGGAGGAGACCGAGCGCGUCCCCGCUCCCCCCCCCCGCCCGCCUCCACCGCCGAGGACCAGGAAGACUCGAAGGAGGAAGGCAAGGCGGGAGAGGAGUCGAAGAGGGAGGAGGGCGCAGGCACGACAGGUGCCAGCUCGGGACUGUCGGGGCUCAGCAAACUGGGAGGCGGCGGCGGCGCUUGGCGACCCCGCAGCCAGAGACAGUUUUCGCGGGAGGAGGAACUGGACAGGACCGUCAAGGCUCUGCUCAACAAACUGACCAUUGAGAAAUUCGACACCAUCACGGAAAAGCUAGCGCGCACAGUCGAGGGACUGAAGGAACACAAGGAACUCCAACUCGUCGUGAAUGUCGUCAUGGAGAAGGCCGUGACGGAGCCCGAUUGGUCGGAGAUGUACGCCGACUUGUGCCAGGUGCUCCAGUGGCGCAGCAUCCCCACUGAGGGGGCGGACAUCGAGAACUUCCGCAAGACGCCCUUCAUGAAGGCGCUCCUUACAAAAAUUCAGGCUGAGUAUGAAGCCAUGCCUAGAACGCUGCAGUCGCGAGCGCGCAGCCUGCCGCCGGGCGAGGUGGAUCCUGAAGCUGCGGAGGAGCUGCAGCAGCUGAAGCGGACGAAAAAUCGCAUCUUGGGAGUAGUCAAGCUGAUUGGCGAGUUGUUCCAGAGGAAGAUCCUCGGAUUCCCCAUCGUGCGGGACGUCGUUGUCGACCUGGUAAUCAAAAACGAAGAACCCGAUGAGCACUUCAUCGAGUGCUUCGUGCAGCUCAUCGCCACCACAGGCUACUACAUCGACCAGAACCCGAAGAUGAAGGCGGUACUCGACUCUUGGUUCGGCCGCCUGACGGAGCUGCAGAAGAAGGCCUGCUACUCCAAGCGCCUGAAGUGCAUCAUCCAGGACACUCUGGACAUGCGCAAGGCUGACUGGCGAAAGAAAAUCCACAAGGAACGCGCGAAGGCCCUCAGCGACCUGCGCGAACAGCUGGAAACCGAGGAAGUCCUUGGAGGGUCGGUGCAUGCGGCGCAGUACGGAAACAUCGUCGUCGUCGGGCAGAGAUCGAACUUGAACGGCGCGUACGCGGGCUACCUGAAGGAGCAGCAAGAUACCUUUGAGAGGCGCGUGGCGAAGCUGCGCUCGAGCGCCGGCGCGCCGACGCCGCCUGGCGGAGCCUCUCCGGGGCCGUCCGCGCCAGUCGCCUAUAGGCGCUAA